CUAUACUAUUACUGUUCUAAAAUCUCUCUCUCUCUCUCUCCCUCUCUCGCACGCGCACGCAGAGAAAAAUAGUUUUGCAAUUCGGAUUCUAAAUAUUCAUAGCACCCCACAUCAUCAACCUCUCAUAUUCGCACUAGCAAAACCCAUCACUCUCUCUCUCUCUCUCGAUAUUACUCUGUUUCUUUCUAAAAACACAGAGUCUUGCAACUACAAUUCCAAGAACCAAGCAAAACAAUCUGCAGGUUCAUUUCCUCAAACAUGUGUCGGACAAAAACACAAACCUCUUCUCUCUCACUUCUCUUCUUCCUCGUCACGGCUUCUCUCCUCACCGCGUUGUCAACCGCCGCCACGGAAACCUUCGUGUUCGGCGGUUGUUCUAAGCUCAAAUACACUCCGGGCACUCCGUACGAGUCGCUGGUCAACUCAAUCCUCACCUCGCUGGUCAAUUCGGCCAUGUUUUCCACCUACAACAACUUCACCAUCCCUUCCUCGUCCUCAUCGAACGACGUUGUUUCCGGCCUCUUCCAGUGCCGCGGCGACCUGGGCAGCGACGCCUGCUCGCGGUGCGUCGCACGCGCCGUCAGCCAGCUGGGCACGCUCUGCCUCGAUGCGUGCGGCGGCGCGUUGCAACUGGAGGGCUGCUUCGUCAAGUACGACAACGCCACGUUCCUCGGCGUGGAGGACAAGACCGAGGUCGUCAAGAAAUGUGGGCCGUCGAUUGGGUACGACUCCGACGCGUUGACCCGCUGCAACGCCGUUUUAGAUUACUUGCAGAAUCCCGCCGCCGGCGCCGGGAACGGUGGGACCCUAUUUAGGACGGGUGGGUCCGGGAAUGUUCAGGGCGUGGCGCAGUGCGUUGGCGAUUUGAGCCCAUCGGAGUGCCAGGAUUGCGUCUCGGACGCGAUCCAACGGCUGAAGACCGAGUGUGGGCCCUCCUCGUGGGGGGACGUUUACUUGGCCAAGUGCUACGCGCGCUUCUCGCAAGGUGGAUACCACUCGCACGGCAAAAAGGAUGAUGACAACAAUGACGAAGAGAUUGAGAAGACUCUUGCAAUAUUAAUUGGACUCAUAGCUGGAGUUGCCCUGCUUAUUGUGUUCCUUUCUUUCUUGAGAAAACUGUGUGAUAGUGGAAAAGGUGGUAAGUGAAUUACAGUUUGUGGAUAGUUUUGGAAAUGCACACCCUCUGGUAAAUUACAUGGCUUUCAGUGGCUCAGUUUUUUUUUUUUUUUUUUUCCCUUUCCUUUUCUUUUCUUAAAGCUCUCUGGUCCCAAUUACAAUUCUUCUCUUACUAUUUCUUUUAUAUUUCUUUAAAAAGGAGACCUUGAAACAAGUGAAAUGAAAGUUGCAAUAAGGGGAAAGAAAAGAGAUAAAAGAUUUCCAGAUCUUCAAGCCCACUUAGAAAUAUUGUUAUAAUGUUUAGCUUGUUUAGUAGUGUAUGAACAGUGAACAGUGAAAAACUUUAGUGAAAAAAGUGCACUUUGUGAAUGCUGAGUUA